CUGCACGUCCGCGCACACGGACUGGCUUGUCUGGGCUCUUGCCCAUAUAGCCAGUCCUCCACGCACAUCCUCCUUUUCUCUCCUUCGCAUAACAACACAUAUCUUACCAUACCCCCAACGGUGCCUUCUCGCCCCGUGAUACCAGUCCUGGCUAAGCUUCUUGCAGGAAAUCGACCCCAGGGCAUCCGGCCGCACAAUCGCCUACGUCCAACUACACCCAGCGAGACGCCGACCCCACAAGUAUGCCCUCUAUCCGUUGUAUUUUAUGGUUCACAAACUAAGUUGGGUCAUGGGAUUCAUAGGAACAACCGGCGCCUGUCCAGAGCAGAGGUCGCAAGCGCAAGCACCCAACCGGACACGCACUCGAGGGAGACCCAGACCCAGACGCAAAGCGACAGCGGACAUCUCCUCCACAUCCUAUACCAUCGUCACCGCCACUCUCAACAACAACGACAACAACAACAACAACAACAACAGAGAUGACAGGAAAGCCGCCAAGCUAGCGCGAAAUCUCAAGCGGCUUGAAGCAAAGUUGGAUUAUCUAAAGAGGGAUGCAGAUCACUACUUCACAAAAGCCGAGAAGAUAGAUCUGAAAAUUAAGAAGGUUCAGAAGAGGAUUCGGAAGGCUGAAAUGAAGGCGAAGGAGAGGGCAUUGGCGAGAAGAAUGGAAGGAGUGGAGGAUGGGUCUGAGUGAGCGAGCGGUCUGCGAUGUUUUGCGAGAAAGGAAAACCUCAGAAACGGAGGGGAGGAGCAGGUUUUUUUUUU